AUGAUAAGUUAUGAGUUAAAACUUCGAACAGAUUUGAUCACAAAGUAUACGCUCAUGAUAGCAGCCGGAUACCUGGUGUUGACGAUGUUUCAAUGUAUUAAUCAGAUGAACUACAUUGGAUCCAUUUACGCCAUCGGAGCAAUAAUAACAAAUAGAACAAGUCAUAUUCAAAGAGCAAUAUUCAUAACGGGAUUCGGAUGCAUUAUUGAUAUAUUUCAUCUUAUUUUUCAUAGAUCUAAAUCGAGUUGGGUUUUUGUCAAAGUCAUUCAAUUUACUAUACGUCUUCUCGGUAUCGCAUUCGAGAUUGUGACUAUAUUGUCGUUGCAAUGCUACUGGAAGUAUACCGAAGAAAUGCAAAAACAACCGGAAAAAAUAUGGGUUCAACAUAAAUUGGGGCAAGCAUUUUCCAUAUUUUUCAAAAAUUAA